AGUACAGAGUGUACGAUUCAGGAACAUUUUUCCAUAUUGGUAUCUUCACGGAUGAGUAUACGGUGAUGGAGAUGUUGGCAGAGGAAAGUGAACUUGUCCUUUCCACUGGAAGCUCUGAUCUUAUAUAUGGAGCAUGGGCCUGUUUGCUUCCAGUGAGUGAAAAGCAUUUGGCCGGUGAAAUCAUUUCUAGGCAAAUUAAUAUGCUCAACAUUCAUAAGAAAAAUGAUAAGAAUUAUGUAGAGAGGGAGGAGGUGGAGAAGAAGAAGCUAGGGGAGAAAGUCCAAAAUUUGGUGUUCGAUAUGGAUUUGCAUACUGUCUAUGCUCUCGACAUUGCAAACUUCGUUAUUCAGCGGACCUACAUGUUGCGCAAUACUUCUAUAUAUGAAGAGUUCUUAGGACCCUUUAGAUGGUUCAAGCGAUGCCAGCUUUUUUUCCCUGGCAUAAACAAGUUGCCUCAUCUAGACCUUCAACUAAGCAGUAGCUGCCUAAAAUUGAUUGAGGAGCCUGCAACGGACAAGUAUGUGAUAAACUAUUGGGUUUGUACACAGGAGCGAUCAACUAACUUCAAGUUCAGCAAAUUUGAAUUUCCCUUCAAAGGUUCAUAUACAAACCUCCUUUUGCUUGAGAAACUAUUUAGACCUUCACAGGCAUCGGCUGGAACUUCGUAAAAUUUGAGGACAAAGGUUCCUUUGUUGAUAACAACAAAUUUAUUCUUGCUGGUAAUUUUUCACAAUAAGCUGUUCUGGAUUCAUGCUCCCUUCAUAUUCUUUUUUAAAUGAAUAUGUGAGUUCUUUUAAUGAAAAUGCAUGGAGAUGAGCAUUUUUCUAUUAGUCUAGGUCCUUGGGCUUCUUUCUACUGGCAAUCAUUCUUGGUAAUGUGUAAAUAUCUUCUUUGUAGUUAGUGGUUCGGAAUUCUUUUCCUCAACCUUGGGCUUGUGACUCAUGCUUUGGAAUUAAAAAAGUGGUUAUUCUUUGGA